AUGAUGGUUCUAAACCUUCUAUUGGUUUGCGGUUUCCGGACGAGUUUGGCAGAUUCGACUUCUUCGGGAGUAAAUGAAGGUGGAAAUAAGGAAAUUGGAAUAUUAAUUGUUUACGAACACGAACAACCGGAAGUUCCCGCAUUAGCAUCAGGUGUCGUCAGAUCCUUCCUAUCAACUACAACGGGAGUAUCCGUGCUGGAACACUACAUUGUAUACAACCGAGAGCGUGUGGUCUUCGUUGAUAAUCCGGCAUUAUGUACCGCUCUGGAGAAAGGCAUUACCAUCUUGCUUGACUUUACCUGGACCGAUAGCAACAAAAUUAUGAUUGCCGCCGAAAGCUUCAACGUUCCUUACAUCCAUGCGGAUGUUACAUUCCAAACAUUUCUGAAAAUUACGGAAAACUAUCUGAGAGCUCGUGGUGCGAACGAUGUGGUCUAUGUUUUCGACAGCGCCCAAAAUGCCGAUUCAGCGAUCUACUAUCUUAUUACGGAAUCUCAGCUUCGUACCAUAAUAUUUGAUCAGCUAACCAGUAGGAAUAUUCAACGAAUCAAAUCCGUUCGACCUUAUCCGUCAUACUACGCCAUGGUCGCCGGUACAAAGCAGAUGAAUGAACUUUUCCACAAUGCGACAACUAACGGAUUGAUCUCGAAACCGGAUAAAUGGAACCUCAUAUUUACCGAUGACAUGGCGGACGUGUUCAAAUACAAAGGCACGUUUCCGGCAAUCAGUCAAUUGCUGAUGGAUAAAAGCACGUGCUGUAUUCUACUAAGCCAACCAAAAGACUGUUCUUGCCCGAAAGAUUUCAAACCUUGGGAAGCGCAUCUACAAAAUGUCGUUAGGGAAGUCUUGACUAGAUCUCAUCAGGAACAGCUUCCGCUAGUUAGGCGCGAUGACUGUAAUGAAACUAUUUCUAACACCAAUGAAACAAUGGACAUCUCAAACCUGUUGAGAGAUUUUCGGAAGGACGUUCGAUUCUGGAUGCCCGACGGUAGUCGAAUGCUUCGCUACAAUUUAAACGUUUCAAUUUGGGCUUCUACGGAGAAAGACGAAACAAAAACCAUUCAGAUUGGCACAAUCGCAAAAGGUCUCGUGGAACCUCUAGCAGGACAAAGCAUUAGAUCUACGAAAAGAUACUUUCGAGUAGGCACAACUGAGUCUAUUCCGUGGGUUUAUCGUAAGCGAGAUCCUGUCACCAACGAGGUCAUGACUGAUCCUUUCGGUGAGCCUAUAUGGGAGGGCUAUUGCAUCGACUUUCUGCAGGAGCUUUCAAAACUCAUGAGUUUUGAUUACGAUCUGGUCCAUCCGAAGAAAGGAACUUUUGGCCGAAAAGAUUCAUCGGGUAAUUGGGAUGGUCUGAUUGGUGAUCUGGUGGUUGGUGACAUUGAUUUUGCCAUGGCAUCGAUGAAGAUGACAGCUGAACGCGAGGAAGUCGUAGACUUUGUGGCCCCAUACUACGAUCAAACGGGUAUACUGAUCGUGAUGCGUCAGCCAGUGCGAGAGACUUCACUGUUCAAGUUCAUGACUGUCCUUCGGCUGGAAGUGUGGUUAAGUAUUUUGCUAGCGAUCGUGGCCACUGCUGUAAUGUUAUGGCUGCUGGACAAGUUCUCGCCGUACAGUGCCAGGAAUAAUAAAUCCGCUUAUCCGUACGAAUGUCGAGAUUUUAGCCUAAAAGAAAGUUUCUGGUUUGCGUUGACUUCUUUCACUCCACAAGGAGGUGGCGAAGCACCGAAAGCUCUUUCCGGAAGAACCCUGGUCGCAGCUUACUGGCUUUUUGUAGUGUUGAUGUUGGCCACAUUCACUGCCAAUUUGGCUGCCUUUCUAACCGUAGAACGUAUGCAAACACCGGUGCAGUCAUUGGAGCAACUAUCUCGUCAGAGUCGUAUCAAGUAUACGGUCGUUGAAGGUUCCGAUACUCACGACUUCUUCAAGAACAUGAAGAACGCCGAAGAAGUGCUGUAUCAAAUGUGGCGCAACUUGACGCUCUCAAGUGGCAAUGAUCAAGCCCAGUACCGGGUAUGGGACUAUCCAAUCAAGGAGCAGUACAUCAAUAUUCUAACAGCGAUCGAAUCAGCCAAACCGGUCUCGUCCGCAGAAGCGGGAUUUCAACGAGUUAACGAACGCAUCGAGGCCGACUUUGCCUUUAUACACGAUUCGGCCGAGAUUAGGUAUGAAAUAUCACGAAACUGUAACCUGACCGAAGUCGGAGAAGUAUUUGCCGAGCAACCGUAUUCCCUCGCCGUUCAGCAGGGCAGUCACUUGCAGGAUGAAAUGAGUUACUAUAUUUUGGAUCUACAGAAGGAUCGCUUUUUCGAAUCUUUGGCCGCCAAGUACUGGAACAACUCCGUCAGGGGCGUAUGCCCCAACAGCGAUGACAGCGAGGGUAUCACGCUGGAAAGUUUGGGAGGUGUCUUCAUUGCUACGUUGGUCGGACUAGCUCUGGCAAUGAUGACGUUAGCGGGCGAAGUAUUGUACUACAAACGUAAGGCAAACAAGGGUAAAUCGGAUCACGUCGAAGAGAUGCGAAAGGGAAAAGCUACUGGUCAGGAUCCAAAAACAACAUUGUUUAAAAGUCUGUUUGGCGCAGAUUUCAAGAAUAAUCCAAGCAAAGAAGGGAACAGCCUGACGAAAGACAUUACUAUUGGCAGCAAAUUCAUUCCGGCUUCGGAGAAACAGCAGACGAUUAGCUAUAUUAAUGUGAUUCCCAGAAAUGAAGUAAAGCAACAAUCCAUUGUUCGCUCUAAGAAUAGGCCACGGAAGUUCAAUGAAUAAUUUUGACAAAAAAAAAACAAAGUAAUUUUUAUUCGGGCAUUUACUGUAGCUCACUCGAUUUAUGUAUUGACAAGCACUUCAGAGGCACUUGAAUAGUAGUAGUAGUAGUAGUAGUACUAGUAGUAGUAGUAGUAUACUGAUACAUUAUGUAGGAAUUAGGAACUAAAUUUUCAUUCUAUUUAUUACACAAUAAUACUUUUGGGGUGGGAAAUCGAAAUAUUUCAUUUAGGCCGAAACGUUCGAUUUUUUUUUUCAGGAAAGAGAUUUUGGGAUAUUUGCAUACUAUUAAUAAGUGUUA